CGGCAGUCAGAACAGCGACGCCGUUCGCAUCCGCCGCGUGUCCGGCGACGCUCGCGACGCAGUCGAAAAUCGAUGUACGAUCUGUGACCGGCAUCCAAUACUAGUCAUACAUCGAUAAGAUAGAUCAAUCCGUUUGAUUUUGCGAUACGGAGCAUAAGGGUGUGACGCUUAGUUGAUUCCAAAGUGUGAUCUUUAGUAGACGUGUCGAUUAGGCCGAUCGUAGUGCAGUGAUGUGAGGAUGCUAGUGCGUGGCCAUGUCGAGCGUGGCGAAGAAAGACAAGCCGACGAUGUCAGUGACUGCAUUGAUCAAUUGGGCGCGACCGGCGCCGCCGGGCCCGCAGCAGCCGCCUCCAGCAGCGCCUGCGCCGGCUCCCAACAUGCUACAGGCUUUUGGGACGACUUCUAAUAUGCCCACCGUUGACUGCUCUAUUGACAUGCAAUGGCUGAACAUAGAGGCGGGGUUUAUGUCUCCGAUGUCUCCGCCGGAGAUGAAGCCAGACACGGCGAUGCUGGACGGGAUGCGGGACGAUGCCACCUCCCCGCCCGCAAUGAGAAAUUAUCCCCCGAACCAUCCUCUUAGCGGUUCCAAGCACCUUUGUUCGAUUUGCGGUGACAGAGCAUCGGGAAAACAUUAUGGAGUGUACAGUUGCGAAGGAUGCAAAGGUUUCUUCAAACGUACCGUGCGGAAGGAUCUCACAUAUGCCUGUCGCGAGGAGAGGAAUUGUAUCAUCGACAAGCGUCAGAGGAAUCGUUGCCAGUACUGUCGUUAUCAGAAAUGCCUCGCGUGUGGUAUGAAGAGAGAGGCCGUGCAAGAGGAGAGGCAGCGAGCGGCCAGAGGAGCUGAGGAUGCACAUCCUAGUAGCUCAGUACAAGUAAUUCAAGAGCUAUCGAUCGAACGACUGUUGGAGAUGGAGUCCCUGGUGGCUGACCCGUCUGAGGAAUUCCAGUUCCUUCGUGUUGGACCCGACAGCAACGUUCCGCCGCGCUACCGUGCGCCGGUAUCCAGUCUUUGUCAAAUAGGUAACAAACAGAUCGCUGCGCUUGUUGUGUGGGCGCGCGACAUCCCGCAUUUCAGCCACUUGGAGCUGGACGACCAGGUGCUGCUCAUCAAGGGCUCCUGGAACGAGUUGCUGUUGUUCGCUAUAGCCUGGCGCUCAAUGGAGUACUUGGAGGACGAUCGGGAGAACGUAGACGGCACCCGGAGCGCCGUGCCGCCACAGCUCAUGUGCCUUAUGCCGGGCAUGACGCUGCACCGCAACUCCGCGCUGCAGGCGGGCGUGGGGCAGAUCUUCGACCGCGUGCUGUCCGAGCUGUCGAUGAAGAUGCGCGCGCUGCGCAUGGACCAGGCCGAGUACGUCGCGCUCAAGGCCAUCGUGCUGCUCAACCCCGAUAUAAAGGGACUAAAGAAUCGACAAGACGUCGAAGUCCUCAGAGAAAAGAUGUUCUCCUGCUUGGACGAGUACUGCAGACGAGCGCACAGCUCGGAGGAGGGCCGCUUCGCGUCGCUGCUGCUGCGUCUGCCCGCCCUGCGAUCCAUCUCCCUCAAGAGUUUCGAGCACCUGUUCUAUUUCCACCUCAUCGCAGAGAAUACCAUCGGCAACUUCAUACGAGAAGCGCUCCGCAACCACGCGCCGCCCAUUGACACCAACUCUAUCAUAACUACAAUCGGUAUGCCGAUGUUAUCAACAUUUCCUUCUUUCGCUCGUUGAACGAAUGAAACGGUAAAACAUAUUGCUAUCUCAUUCUCUGUAACUCCGUUCUUGGAUGGUGAUGUAUGUCAUUAUUAUUAUAUAAUUUUAUGUUUUCGACAAUAGUGAAUAACGAUAAGGAUUCUGCAAUUAAAAUUAAACCGUUAGUUUGUUUGUCACGUGGGAAUCGUUAAAGGUCAUUCGUCACCCGAGCUCUGCGACGGUAACACUAGUUAAAUUCGUUAGUUUCUCGGUCGAAGAAUAUAAUUACUAUCAAAGUCGAGAGCUUGUAAAUUGUUAUGGGCUUAAAUAUGACAAAAUCGUUAUGUUUCAUGUGUACGCUUUACUCUUUUGAACAAAUGAAAUAGUCAGAUUUGCUAGCUUUUUUUAUGUUUAUAGCUUCUAGUGUAGUGUUACGUUAUAAAUUAAAAGCGUCCACGUGCGAACAUUGAAUUUGUUGUCGUCAAAGAUGUUAUUUAAUGUAAAUGGGGCCGCCUCUUCUAUUGUAAAAUAAUUUUAACAAUUAAAUAUUGCAAUUAAUCGUCAUUUAUAGGAAACUGUAAUCGUCUGUUAGAUGUUUGUAGUAACCUUAUAAUUUAAGUUUAGGUAAUUUUAAUGUUUUACCAAAUCUUUUUAUUUACUAAAGUUGUUAGUAUAGUUAUCAUGCCCUAAGACCUAAGUUAUUAGUUUUCAAUGUCAAAACAUUGAGAUAUGUUGUCAUUAUGGCAUAAUUAAAUAAAUACUAACUUCCGGUUUAUAAUUAUGUUGGUGCUGUAUUAUGCAUUUUAAAAUGCACACCGGACAAGUGUAGAGUUAUCACUAAAUUUUAAAAUGUUACUGAUAAUAAUUAAAUGUAAAUAUAUCCUUGCAUGUACAAUUUAUUAAUAAUAAAGGUAAUACAUAAUAACAAUUAAAUUAUAAAAUAAAACUGUAUUUUAUCCUAUACUCGUGGUAUUGUGAUGGAUGUCUAUGUUUAAACAGACAUUAGAGAUGGUGUCAAUGGCCUAUUUUAUUAAUAUUGAAGAGUUAAUUAUUUUUAGGCCAGUAUUUUUACCUCAAUAAACAAGAAGCAUUUCAAAUGGCAGAUAAAAUAAUCCAGUAUUAUUUGAAAAGAAAGGAUCUGCUACAAAAAUAAAAUGAUUUGCAAAUAUUGUAACAAUUCAAAUCAAAAUUUUAUCACAACAAUACAUUAUUGUUAAUUCUAUAAAUAUUUUAUUAGAUGGUGCAGAAUGUAGCGGAGAGCUCAAGUAGGAAGCUGACUUGCUCGUUAAAAUAGGUUAAAACAAUAUUGAAUAUAAGAAAAGUCUUUAAAAUGAAGCCUUCUCUACAUUCUCAAUAUUUUUGUUGACGGAUAUUGCUGUUGAUCAUUCGUGAAUGUAAUAUUAAAGAUCAAAUGUUUCCAUGGGAAGGAUCGAAUUUUAUAUUGGAGAUGUUGCAGCGGUUGUGAGAUGAUUUAUAAUAAUGUUCACUAAAUAUCUGACUAUAUUUAAGUUAUAUUUUUUGUAUAGACAUAGCUUUAAGAUUAAUGGUGAUUAAAAUAAAAUCAUCAAAUC